AUGCAUGACAUUUUUUUGCCUACUGGUGCCUCUCCCGACAUUUCGUCUGCAUCUUCCUCGAGAGAAUAUCUUAAGCGCCAAGGUGUACUAGAAAUGUUUUGGAGUAAGGACGAUCCUGCACUUUUAGCUUUCGUUGAAAGAUCACGUUUGUACAUUUUUCGUGGAAGUGAGCCCGAGGAACCUGUAACUUUCUCGGGCUGCAUAUGUAGUUUCACCGACCUCGAGAUAAAAGCUGUUAUCAUGGAGGAUAUUAUGAGAAGUCCUUACGACCCUUGCCGAGAGAGCAUUGUCAAGUAUGAGACUAAGUCUCUCCGCGACACAAGACAACUCCUAAAGUCUGCAAAGCAGUCCUUACUGCAAGGCAAUAUGUUUAUUGCCAAUAAAGCGUUCACACGGUGCUCGGAUUUUUACGGCAUUCAGCUCUUGUUGGGUGCCGGAAUCAAGGAGGCAAGAACAGCAGCAUACUUAAGAAAAUUUGACGAAGCUGAGAAGCUCUACCUGGUUGCCAACCGCCGUGACCUUGCUGUGGGAUUACGCGCACAGUUGGGGGAUUGGUUUAAAGUAGAGAGGUAUAUACCCGAUUCUACCAGUUGUACUAUUACCUCGAAAGAAGCUCUUCAUAAUAUCGGAAAUUACUAUUUUGAGCGCCGAAGAUGGAUUAAAGCAACAGGGUACUACUUACGUGCUGGCAAUCUCGAAAAGCUACUUAAGUGUUUUUAUGCUGUCGAAGAUUUUGUCGAAUUUGUGCGACUUCUGCCUAAUUUUCAUGAAGGCUGCAGAGAACUUAGCGACAUUGGAGUUCUGCUGGGCUCCGUAGGUCUAUGCAAAGAUGCUGUCUUCGCUUUUUCAAGGGGUAAAAACAUUAAGAAAGCUAAUAAUGUUUGCUCAUUACUUGGUGAUUGGGGUCAAGCAGCAGUUUAUGCUCAACAUCUUCUUCAAAACGAAAUGGUUGUUGAUACAAUGCAAUUCUAUCGCAGAGCAAAUAAACACAAAGAGUUUUUCUUGUUGACGAGGCAGCUAGCGAGAUCGAGACGCUCUAGAAGAUUAAAUCCACUUUUCGUCAAGAAACUUUACGUAUUUAUUGCUCAUGAGGCUGCACAAAAUCAAUCCCAAACAAUCGAUUAUGAAGAUACGCUGAUGCAAACCAGCCCUUUUGAUGACAUCUGGCAAUGUGCUGAAGCACAACACUUUUGGCUGCUAGCACAUCGACAGCUUCACUCUGGACAAUAUGAAUAUGCAACGCGGACAUCGCUUGCACUUCAGGGCUCUAAAGAACAACUAGAUUCAGCAGACCUGUACUCUUUUAUAGCAUUGUCUUCGUAUUUUACAAGACAUUAUGGAAAUUGUAGCAAAGCAAUGACUAAGCUUGGUCCGAUAAUUAAAGUCUCUCGGCAGAAAUUUAACUCUUUUGUGGACAUCACUACCACCGUCUUUCUUCGGGUAUCUAUUCGUCAUGUUUUUCUCUGUCUUGCGAAUUUAUACCUCUCUUUUACUGACGUUUUCUUCAAACGUUUUAUGCUGCAACCCUGUAAUUAG